AAAUCACCUAGCCACCCGCUUCAUUCCCCCGCCUCCUUUAUGAGCUAAAACCAAUCAGCAGCUGGAGGGCGGGGCCUGGACGACUGCCUCCUGUGGGCACUGUACUAUAGGAAUUUACUCGGCCCCUUGAAAAACUGACCAAUCCACCGUCCCAGGAGUCUGGCUGUGUUUACUACCGACUGAAUCCGUGAACGCUCUGACCAAUCAUCAUUUACCUUACAAUACAUGAAACUGUUAUCAAACGCCUCUUAAGGCGGGACUUAUCACUAAAUGACUCUAUGUUUGGACCAUAGAAAAGUGACUGUGAGCAGCAGCUAAUCAAAGCCUGUACGAGGCAAAUAGAUUUUUCCGCCUAGUUUCUCCAAUCGCAAUCACGACUGCCCGGGAGGCAGGCUCAAAGGGUAAUAAAGCCUAGCCAUUGGCUGGUCCUGAAAGAUUUCCCUACCCUCUUAGUGCAGGUCGCUGCAUAAUCUGGGACUGAAGCUCAGAACUGAGUUCCGUUGCUCGAAGCCAACACUGCAGUACGAUAGAAGUUGUUCUCAACUGUUACCGUUAGAAAAGGUAAAGUUAAAAGAAAAAAAGCCGUACAAAAGAAGCUACAGGAGCUGUUUUAGAUUGAAUUAAACCAAAAUCCACGGUUGAAACAAUGAAUUUAAAAUAUCCGUCUCACGGUAGUUAAGUGGGCCGCGUGCUGCGUCCAGUCUAGAGUGGCGACCUGCCUGGGAACGCUGGCGCCUGAGGACCGGGCAGGCGGGUCCCGGACUCGGGGUUUUGUGUUUGUCUCGACAUACCGUGCCACAGGUCAUGCAAGCCGGCAGUCUCCAAAACCAACUUUAUAAUUACCUAUAACUCCCUCAAAAUACAAUUUAUUGAUUUGUAUCAAUCUAUAUAGAAGUACUAAGUUCCGCCGAGAUCUCGAACGUUGAAGGGUCGCGGACUUAAAGGGAAGAAGUCCGAAAAGCGCGAGCUGCGGAGCGGCCCGGACUCCCAGGCGCACGUGCGGUGGAGACUGGCGACCCCGAUUCCCGACGGAGGCCGGCAGCUCGACGCCCAGGGCUUCACUGCCGGGAUGGCGGCAAAGGUGGUACGCAGCGCGAGGUGGCAGUACUGUGGGGAGCCGGAUGAGAAGCAGAGAGCAGUACUGGUUCAGUUCUCCAAUGGGAAGCUGCAGAAUCCAGGCAACCUGCGCUUCACUUUAUACAACAGCACUGACUCCGCAAACCCUAGGAAGAGGAGUCAGCGGAUCUUGGCAGCUGAAACUGACAGACUUUCCUAUGUUGGAAACAAUUUUGGGACUGGAGCCCUCAAAUGUAACUCUCUAUGCAGGCACUUUGUGGGGAUUUUAAACAAGACCUCUGGCCAAAUGGAAGUGUAUGAUGCUGAAUUGUUCAACAUGCAGCCACUCUUUGCAGAUGAAUCAAUUGAGAGUGAACCCAUCUUGGAGAAUCAGACCAAAACUUUCAGAGAAAAGAUGGAUUCCUGCAUUGAAGCCUUUGGUACCACCAAACAGAAACGCGCUCUGAACUCCAGGAGAAUGAACAAAGUUGGCAGUGAAUCUUUGAAUCUCGCAGUAGCUAAAGCUGCAGAUGAGAUCAUCCAUGCAAAGGGUGUGGAAGCACUGGUCAGUGAUGCCACCCAGGACGACAUGCAGGAUGACUCCCUCUACCUUCCUCCCUGCUACGCUGAUGCAACCAAGCCUGAAGAUGUGUAUAAAUUUGAAGACAUUCUGUCCCCUGCGGAAUAUGAUGCUCUUAAGGCUCCAUCUGAAGCUUUCAGGAAGGUCACAUCAGAAGAGAUACUGAAGAUGAUUGAAGAGAACAGCCACUGCUGCUUUGUCAUAGAAGCGUUGAAGUCCUUACCAUCAAAUGAGGAGAGCAGAGAUCACCAGGCCCGGUGUAUAUGGUUUCUAGAUACUCUCAUCAGAUUUCGAGCUCAGAAAGUGAUAAAGCGGAAAAGUGCCCUGGGACCUGGAAUCCCCCACAUCAUCAACACCAAACUGCUGAAGCACUUUACCUGCUUGACUUACAACAAUGGCAGUUUACGGAACUUAAUUUCGAAUUCUAUGAAAGCAAAGAUCACCGCAUAUGUGAUCAUACUUGCCUUGCACAUAAGUGACUUCCAGAUUGAUCUGACAGUGUUACAGCGAGACUUGAAACUCAGUGAGAAAAGAAUGACUGAGAUAGCGAAAGCCAUGAGGUUGAAGAUCUCUAAAAGAAAGGUAUCACUGGCACCCGGCAGGGAAGAGGACCACAAGCUGGGUACUCUCUCCAUCCCACUACCUCCAGCUCACAACUCAAACCAGCAGUCAAAGCGGAAGAAGAUGUAACCCGAUGUACGCUUUCCUAGCAGGCAUUCUGGCCCUCAUAGCUACUGCUUCAAAAGAAAACAAAAAGAGCUUUGCCUUAGGACAUAAAGCCAGAAGCCGGCAUUCCAAUCAUGCCUACUGUAUGCUGAAGUGUAAGGUGCCAGCCAGACUGGACCUCACCUCCCUGUGGUGGGACUGUGAUUGUGAGAAGUGGCAGAUGGUUCUCAUGUUCAUGUGUGCGGGGAUUGGGGACAGCAAGGUCUCGAAAGUCAGAGCCAAAAGAUUUCACUAGGUGAACCCUGAGCCACAUCUACUCAAUGGUUUGUAAGAGUCUGGAGGGCCAGUCGGGGAGGUGUGAGGCGGCCCUGGCAUGGCACGGUCUCCAUUAAGACAAUCCAGUUAUCAACUGGGCAUAACAAAACAAGAAGUGGAGGGAGUGAAUUCAAACAACCUUCUUCCUGGCAUGAUGGGCCUUACUCCAGUUGGAUUUUUUUGCUUCCACGAAACCAAACUGCAGCAGCCAGGAGGACUGCACUAAGAAAUGUAGGGCACUGGCUGCGGCUGCUGCUUCCCAGUCCUCGAGGACCAUGUGAAUCGGAGUAAGACAACAAAGGGGAUUUUAACAGACAUGAGGUAUAAGAAUUAGCAGCAGCAGAUAUGGGACUUUUUUGUUUUCUGGUGUGUUUUUUUUUUUGUUUUGUUUUUAUUGGUACCAAGGAUCGAACUUACAACUGCCUGCUUGCAAGGCAGGCGCUUAUGCUGCUGAGCUAAAUCCCCAGCCCCUGGUGUUUUGUUUUUUAAUAAAAGGAUAUCCUCAGUUUUUCUCACGAGAGACUAAGAUAGAAUACCUAAGCAAAGGAAAAAAACUACCCAUUACUGCAAAUGCAUUCAGGGCCAUUUUGGACACUGCAGUGAUGCAAAAAGAUUGCUUUAAAGCUUCAGUUUGACAAAAUAGAUACCGUUUAUUUACUUUUGUUGACACUGUCACUGUGCUUUUACUUGACCUUUUAUAAAAGUAACAAAUGAAUCCUAAGGCUUACUAAGACGGGUUAAGAGGGGCUGGGGAUUUAGCUCAGUGGCAUAAGCGCCUGCCUCAAAAGCAGGCAGUCGUGAGUUUGAUCCCUGGUACCGGUAAAAACAAAAAAGCCAAAAAAAAAAAAAAAAAAAAAGACAGGUUGAGAACUAGUACAUUUUGAAUAUGUAGCCUCAUUUAAAACUUUGAGGAGAAUUUCCAUUUAUAGACAACAAUUAUAAUAACAUAGAAAAUAUUGUAGACGAAGUGGAAGUGGCAAUUUGACAGUAGAUAAAUAAAGUAAUAAAACACAUUUUAUCUUAGUUACUAUGUCUCUGUACUCAGUAGCUCAGAUACAAUAUGGCUGAAAUUUGAAAAUACUAAUUUGGAAACCAGUAUUUGAAAUGUUAUACAAUUGCUUAUAAAAGCAGGGAAUCUAAUCUUCAACUGCAAUGUCUGGUCCAUAACAGGAGGAAAGUACAAGGAAUCAAAAAGGUAUUAAACACACAGGCAAAAUAAUAUUUAAAAUUUAUUAGUUCAUAAAAAGCAAAGGUUGUGCUUGAGGAACAGGCAUUUCCAGGGACAGGAAGUCACAUCAGGGGCUCUGAGCUAUGGAGUCAGCUGGGAACCACCAGAAACUCUCGGGGAGAAGCAGUAUCUAUAUGAUAUCAGCCAGGCCUUGAAGCCUACCUACUUCUCUGACCUCCCAGUGUUCUCUUCCUUCCACAGAGAAGGGAGUGAGCUGCUAAAAGAAACAUAGACAGGUCUGGGUAAUGCAGGCUGUCAUCCCACAUUCUGGGAGACUGGGCAACUAAGGUGAGCACCCACCCACCUGACAGGCACCACCAAUGAGUGAGUAGCAAGCAUGGAAAGAGAUCUGGGCUCAGGAGGAGCACUGCCUAGACAACACCAUGACCUGGUCACCUGGGAGUACCAGUGCUUCCAAGGGGCUGCCUCUAGGGAGGCACCAGGGGAGAAGGAACUGGGCAAGAGAUCAUUACUUCCAUAAGCCUUCCAAAGCACAUCUUUUUCCAAAAGAUGUCCUGUGAUACAAAUUACAGACCAUGAACUUUUGAAACUGCAUGACUUACUAGCACCAAGAGGAUGACUUUCUGAUAAUGAUUCCCUGGCACCAGUCAUCAAUGUUUAAAAUAUCACUACCAACCAAGUAUUUUAUACUAAUAACUGCAGCUACGUUUAAGAUCAUGGUACUCUUAAUUUACUCCAGCCCUAAAGUAGGUAGCAGUACUGACGUAAAGCACUUUAGUGGCAAAAAUAUGCACGGUUAUAUCUGAAAGUUCUGACCACCAUUUAGUACAAAGGGUGACAACUGACCUCCGAAAUGCAACUCAGAGCCAGGUAUGGUGGAGGAGGCCUGUGAUCGCAGCAUUCUGGAUGCUGAGGAAGGAGAAUCUCUACGAGUUUCAACAUAGCCUGGACUACAAAAUGAUUUCAAAGCCAGCCCGACUUGUGCAAGGGUAACCUAUCUCAAACCAAGCAAAACAAAACACCUAAAUAAAAUAAAAGAGAUAAUUCUAUAUAUCAGUUGUUUCAGCUAGGCGAGGAUACAAUCUAAUUCUCAAAAAUCCAAUUUUAGCUCAAUCUGCCUCAAAAUCUGAAGGUUACUUUCAGUGAGUGAUGUUUGGCUCUAGGAGAGACUUGACAAAGGCUACAGAGUUGGUGACUAAGAUACCAGGAAUCCUUUGCCCUGUCACAGCUUCCUAUAAUGACAAUGAUGCCACUGCUUCCACUGGAUUCUUGCAAAAACAGUCACAGAACAGGUGAAGGAUUGUGAUGUCUCCUGUCUUUGUUUUGUUGCCCAGAAUUGCCUUGGGUAUUCUAGCUCUCUUCUGGUUCCAGGGGAAUUUUAGGAGUGAUUUCUCUCAAUAUAGGAUGUAUGCUAAACGUAAUUUGAUUGGAAUUUCAUGAAAUAUAACAACUUUGGGAGAAUAGACAGAUUCAUACUGUUUCUUCUUUUCCAUGAGGAAGAAAUGUCUUUCCAUUUUCUGAAAUCCUCUUUAUUUUUUUAAGAGUACUGUACUUUCAAGGUAUAGAUUUUUUUUACUUCCUUUCUUAGACUGAUUACUAAGUGUUUCAUUUAUGUGGAUGUUAUUGUGAGGGGUGUUGUUUCCCUUAUUUCUCACUCAGUGAAUUUGCUGUUUGUGUAUAAGAAUGCUAUUGUUUUUAGGUGUUGAUUCUGUAUACAGCUAUAUAACUGAUUUUGGAUGUUACUUCUAGAAGUCUUUCAAUGGAAAUUUGGGGGUCUUCUAGGUAGAACAUCAUGUCAUCUGCAAAUAAUGAUAAUUGACUUCUUCCUUUCCCACACUUUUUCAUUUCUCUCUCUCCUUUAAUUUCUCUAGCUAAUAUUUCCAGAACUGUAUUUAACAGAAUUGUUGAUAGUGGAAUCCUUGUCUUUUUCCUGAUUUUAAGUCAAAGGUUUUCUUCUUUGGUCUCUGAGUAAGAUGUUGACAAUUGGUUUAUCAUUUAUGGCUUUUAUCAGAUUGGGAAUACACCAUCUAUGUGAAUUUUCCAAGGGGAUUUUACCAUGAAUUAAUACUGGAUUUUGUCAAAAGAUUUUUCUGCAUGUAUUGAGAUGACUAUGUGAUUCUUCAGCUUUGUUGAUUUUGCAUAUUACAUUUACUGAUUUGUGGAUGUUGAACCACCCUUUCAUUCCUGGGAUGAAUUCCACUUGAUUUUACUGUACAAACUUUUUGAUAAUUUGUUGCCUUAUGUGUGCCAGUUUUGUACUGAGGAUUUUUCCAUCUAUAUUUAUCAGAGAGAUUGGCUUGUAAUUCUCUUUUUUGGUUGUCAUUCUCUGAUGGUGGUAUUAGGGUAAGCACAAGAACAUGUGGCAUGUGGACAAUCAAGAUGUGUAGAUAUCAAGGUGUGUAGAUAAAUUUGGGACUAAAAUAUCUAUUGAUGGAAGAAGAAACCAUCCUGGUGAACAAAGGACUUUUCUUCCUUGUCAAGAUAAUUUCAAUGACUUAUGAGUAUGUGCUCUGGCAGUGUUUUAGGCUGUGUCUUUCAAAAAUGCACUUCUUAGACAUUGGGAGACACAGCAUACCAUUAUCUCAACAUUGAUUUUCCUUCCCCACCUACAUAACACCAUCAACCCAGAGGUAACCAGUGUGAAUGGGUGGGGUUGUAAGGAUGGGCACAUGGCAGGCUUAUGGGGAUAUGUGGCACUGGGUUGUUCCAAGACAGAGAGCAAAAUAAGAGCCCCUGAAGAUCUCUCAGCAGAGGAAAACUGAGCCCAUGAUGCCUGACAGAUCAACUUUUCCCAAGUUCCCAUCAAUUCACCUCCUAACCAGCUCAGCCAUGGGCCACUCCUGUUGCUAGGUUCUGGAUCAAACACUGAACAUUCCAGGCCAGCACUGUGCUCAGCCAACUAGUCAUGCAGCCUUUUGUGAUGGAGUGGGCUCAUGCUGUGGGUCUUUUGAUCCUCCUCUUGAUUUCAUGGAGAACUUUUCGUCCUCUUAGAAAUUGGUUGGCAGUGCGCAGAGAAACACAGCUCAUUGUCCAGCUUGCAGGACUCAUUAUUGAAAAGUGCCAACUGUUGGACAAACUUAGCCAGCUUCAGAAGGAACAUGAAGCCUAAGAGACAACUCUCAAGGAGGUCUGCCUAGAAGAGGAGGCCAGGGCAGCCCAGCGUCGGAAGGCAGCCAACAAGAAGGUGUUGUUGUUGAAGAAGAGAGCCAAGAUUCAAGGGCAGAUAUACCGCCUCCUCAAAGAAUGAAAAGAAGACCAAUCAGGAUGUUUGAAUAACAGCAAUCAGAGACUAAUGUCCCUGUAAUUUGCAGUCCAAGGGCUAUGAAUUCCUGUGAGGAAAAUAAGGGCUAAACACCAACUGCAAAAUGUCUGACCUCAAGCAAAGGGAAACAUAGGCUUUCCCCAUUGCUUCUCUCAUCAUUUCACUCUUUACUUUUCCAUUUAAUUGGUAUAAAAGUAUGUCAAAAUUCUAACCCAGUUGCAUAGCUUUGCAAACUCCAUCUGCACUGUUCCACUGGUGCCAGCUUAAAUAAAGCACUCUUUUCAAAGA